CAUAUUGUUUCCAACGAACUAAAACUCAUGGCUAUAAACGUCCCUCCUAAUCAGGUUAUUGCAUAUGAAGAAGACAAGUGUCUCAUGAAAAACUUGGACAAAAUUAAGAGCGUUUUCACUAAUUCAAUCUACAAUUAUAACUUCGACCAUCUUCAUGUGAUGAUAAGUUCAAAUACCUGA